GUGGAGGCCUCCUGUGAGGUCAGAAGUUGGCACUUUGAAGGUCUCUUGCUGCAGAUGAGUAACAUCUAUUUUAGAAUUUGCUCACUAACGCUGGAGAAUGCUGAAUAUCAGCUAGAAGCUCAGGAAAGAAGUUUUAAAAAGGAUUUUUCCUGUUCUGUGUUUCUGGGGUUGGCUGGAAGAGAUUUUUUUUUUGCCUGGAGAGAGUGUCGAAUGCUGCAUAAGCAGGAAAAAUCGUGAGAACAUAAAACAACCAUUUCCUGCUCUUUUUAUGAUUUUAGAAACCUGAAGCAAUGCUAGAUUUCUUGCAUAUGAAAUAUAAGAAACUCUCUUUAAUACAGAAAUAUAACUAAAUCUUCCAGCAAAAAAGUUUCCUUGAUUUAAAAAAAAACACCCCCAUCCCCACAUCCCCUUUUGUGUUCUUUAAACGAGUUUCUUCUUUAUUUUGGUGAAGAAAAGACAUUCAACAGCAAAGGUAAACUACGACGCAAGCAGCGUGCAGGGUGAACAGGAGCGGGACCCACAUGUCAGUGGUCUAGGAUGGCCAGUGAAGGUGCCAACAUCCCAAGUCCUGUGGUGCGUCAGAUUGACAAACAGUUUCUGAUCUGCAGCAUAUGCCUCGACCGUUACAAGAACCCCAAAGUGCUCCCCUGUCUGCACACUUUCUGUGAGAGGUGUCUACAGAAUUACAUUCCAGCCCACAGCUUAACCCUCUCUUGCCCAGUGUGCCGCCAGACAUCCAUCCUACCAGAGAAGGGGGUUUCUGCACUUCAGAACAACUUCUUCAUCACUAACCUCAUGGAUGUCCUGCAGCGAACCCCAGACAAUAACAUUGAGGAGUCUUCCAUCUUGGAGACUGUCACAGCUGUUGCUGCGGGCAAGCCACUUUCAUGCCCCAAUCAUGAAGGAAAUCUGAUGGAAUUUUACUGUCAGUCUUGUGAGACAGCCAUGUGCCGGGAAUGUACAGAAGGCGAGCAUGCAGAACACCCCACAGUACCUCUCAAGGAUGUCGUAGAGCAGCACAAGGCUUCUCUUCAAGCGCAGUUAGACUCUGUCAACAAAAGGCUUCCUGAAAUAGAUUCUGCACUUCAUUUCAUAUCUGAAAUUAUACAUCAGCUGACCAACCAAAAGACCAGCAUUGUAGAUGAAAUUCAUUCCACAUUUGAUGAACUCCAGAAGACUUUAAAUGUCCGCAAGAGUGUGUUACUUAUGGAACUGGAAGUGAAUUAUGGUCUUAAGCAUAAAGUCUUACAGAAUCAGCUUGAUACCCUACUGGAAGGGCAGGAAAAUAUUAAAAGCUGCAGCAAUUUUACAGCCCAGGCACUCAACCAUGGAACUGAAACAGAAGUCCUACUUGUUAAGAAGCAAAUGAGUGACAAGCUGAAUGAAUUGGCUAUCCGAGAUUUCCCAUUGCAGCCCCGUGAAAAUGAUCAGCUAGAUUUCAUAGUGGAAACAGAUGGGCUAAAGAAGUCCAUUCAUAAUCUUGGUACUAUUUUAACCACAAAUGCAGUAGCUUCCGAAACGGUGGCGACAGGUGAAGGACUGAAGCAGACAGUAAUAGGGCAGCCCAUGUCAGUCACAAUCACUACGAAGGACAAGGAUGGCGAGCUCUGCAAAACUGGGAAUGCUUACCUCACCGCAGAGCUGAGCACACCUGAUGGGAGUGUGGCAGAUGGAGAAAUACUUGACAAUAAAAACGGCACUUACGAAUUUUUGUACACUGUUCAGAAAGAAGGGGACUUCACGCUUUCAUUGAGACUCUAUGAUCAGCAUAUUAGGGGCAGCCCAUUCAAACUUAAGGUGAUCAGAUCAGCAGAUGUGUCCCCCACCACUGAAGGAGUUAAAAGGCGUGUUAAGUCUCCAGGCAGUGGCCACGUGAAACAGAAAGCUGUAAAAAGGCCAGCUAGCAUGUAUAGCACUGGCAAAAGAAAAGAGAACCCGAUUGAAGAUGAUCUGAUCUUCAGAGUAGGUACCAAAGGGAGAAACAAAGGAGAGUUUACAAAUCUUCAGGGAGUAGCUGCAUCUACAAAUGGGAAAAUAUUAAUAGCAGACAGCAAUAAUCAGUGUGUACAGAUAUUUUCCACUGAUGGUCAGUUCAAGAGUCGCUUUGGUAUCCGUGGACGAUCUCCUGGUCAGUUGCAGCGGCCUACAGGAGUAGCUGUGCAUCCAUGUGGUGACAUCAUUAUUGCUGACUACGAUAAUAAAUGGGUUAGCAUAUUCUCCUCUGAUGGAAAAUUUAAGACAAAAAUUGGAUCUGGAAAACUUAUGGGACCAAAAGGUGUUUCUGUGGAUCGCAACGGACACAUCAUUGUAGUGGACAACAAAGCAUGUUGUGUGUUUAUCUUCCAGCCUAAUGGGAAAAUAGUAACUAGGUUUGGAAGUCGCGGCAAUGGAGAUAAACAGUUUGCAGGCCCUCAUUUUGCAGCUGUCAACCACAAUAAUGAAAUAAUUAUUACUGAUUUCCACAAUCAUUCUGUCAAGGUAUUUAACCAGGAAGGUGAAUUCAUGUUGAAGUUUGGAUCGAACGGAGAAGGAAAUGGGCAGUUCAAUGCUCCAACAGGAGUAGCUGUAGAUUCUAAUGGAAAUAUUAUUGUAGCAGACUGGGGAAACAGUCGGAUCCAGGUUUUUGAUGGAAGUGGAUCCUUUUUAUCCUAUAUAAAUACAUCUGCUGAUCCUCUUUAUGGUCCCCAAGGGUUGGCUCUUACGUCAGACGGCCAUGUUGUAGUUGCAGACUCUGGUAAUCACUGCUUCAAAGUUUAUCGAUACUUACAGUAGCAACUGUAACUGGAUGGCACUCAAACGGUUUCUAGCCUCUGGGGGCCAAUGUAGAUCUUUUUGUGUAGGAUGUCUUCUUCGUAAAUACUUCAAUUUUAAUACUGAAAGAGUCUCUGGUUUUUUCUUUCUUUUUAAACCUACCUUGUUUACAUAGGAUUGCACCUCAUUUAUUCUGCACUGAACUUGUCCUAAAAUAAAGAUCCCUUUUCUCUCCCUGCCCCCCCAGAAUUUACAAAAACAGUGGAAUACUAGACAUGUGAACUGUGGCUUGUAAUUCAGUCAAUUAUGUAAUUAACUGAUUUUUUUUUUGUAAAAGAGGGGAAGAAUUUUAUUUAAAGAGGCCUGUUCAAGAUGUGAAAAAAAGUGCUUGUUCAAAGCAUCCAAAUUUGAAAGUUGUUCUUGUUAAGCAUUAUUUAACCCAGCAGGAAGUCUGGGAAGCUUGUAGAUCACAUUGUUAUAGUAGGUACUACACUUGUAACAUUCUUCAGUCUUAAUAACUAAUAAGUAGUUUAUUUUAGUAAUAAAGACGUAUGAUUAAUUCUUCCUGUACUAGCUGUUAGAUCUAACACACCUCACAUUUUUAGCAUUAUGAGAAGCAAUGCAAAAUUCCAGUCCUGUGUGGGAUUUAAUGUACAUAUUUAUCAACUCUCCUCUUACUCAGUGUACUUUAAGGAUUUUCCAGAACCUAGAAACUUCUAAAGCUCUACAAGUAUACUCUUAUAGGGAAUUGUUGACACUUUACAGAAUCAAGUUAACAUCAGACUAAUUCAUUGCUAUGUCAGCUUAGCAGAUUCUAUGAUUUCCUACAUACCCUUGCUAUAGUUAUAAAAACAAUCUGUUUUGUUAAGCUAUGUAUUUUCAAACAAGAUGGCGGGCCACAUAUGUAUUCCAUUGAAGGAUCCACUUUAUACAGCCAAAGGAAAUUUAGUGGUUCACAGGUGUGUGUCAGGGAGGCUAAAACCAAGGCUUACCAAAGCAGGCCUUUCUUAAUUCUUAAUCAAUAAAUUAAUUAACAAAAAUAAUUUCUUAAUUCCAAAAAGUACUGUGUGUAACAAAAUGCAUACACUGCAGAACAAGUCUUUAAAUAUCAUUAUGGCUGUGAAAGGCCAAAAUAAAGGCCUCAAAACCCAUUUAUAAUUUUUCCUAUCAUAUGUGUAUAUUGAAUUAAUAUCAAGAAUGAGGAACAAAAACAUAUUGAGCACCCAAUAAUACUCUUGCUGCCAUUUGGUCUGUACUCUUCCUCUUUCCCCCAUUUUCAAACUCCCCAUGUACAAGUCUAGUACAGUAAUUCAAAAUUAUCACAUUCCUAUCAGUGUUCCCUGUUUGCUUUAAGCUAUUUUCAGUAAAGUUACGAAUAAUAGGUUCUGACUGUCUUUUAUAUUAAGUGAAAAGAAAUUUGGUAGCAAGCAGUUUGAGGUCAUAUACUGCCUCAGGCCUUAUGCAAGAAGAUGCUGUGGUUUCCAUAUCUGAAAUCUUAAAUUUUCUUCGGUCAGGGUGACAUUUUGUCACCCUGCUGGCCUACAGUUUUCGGGUGGGUAAAGCUCCAACUCUUCCAUAAAACAUUUAAUGAGUUCAGUAAAAAGAUUUAUAAAAACAAAGCCAGCUAUCCGACUGCCCCAUAAUACAGUAGGUAUAGGAGACUGGUGAGCCAUAUUAAACUAAGGCAUCAAUUACCAAUGUUUAAGGCUUUAAUUUUUUUCACUAUAAGAAUAACAGAAUAACUUCACAUACUGCUACAAAAUAACCCCUUUAAGAUGAAUGAUCCCAAGAAUCUUAUUUUUCCUGGAUAAAUAAAUUAAGGCAACAGACACUAGACACUGUUCAUCUUGGACACUGAGUCAUCUUGAAAACUAUUUAAAUUCUGUGGGGAAAAGGGAUAUCCUAUUUAUGUUUUUAUAUGUAUUUAUUAACCAUGUAAACAACACACAAAAAACCUUAAGCUGUUUUGUAAUUGUUUUUGAGCUUCUAAUGUAAAGGAACUCAAAUUCUUAGGUAUGUUAUUGCUAUAGAUGUGAGUCCAUGCUCACUGUCAAGCCGGUUUGGCUGAAAAGUUUUACGCUUUUAUGAAGAUAUCCUUGUGACGAAAUGAAAUAUUAACUUGAAUUUAAAAGCGGGGUGGGGGAGGUACUGAGCCAAAUAAUCUGAACAGGAGCAGUGUCCCCUGGAAUGUCUGUUACUUCUAGUGUAAACCUGGGCCCUUUGGACUCUGGCUCAUUCUAACAGAGUUUGUGUAAAAGGAGGUCCUGGUAAACUGUACAAGGGAAGCGUCAGAAACUAAAUUACGUAUUAUAAACUGACACAGGAAAAUCAUUUCAUGCAUGUAGACAUGCCCAUGCAUUCCUUCAAAUGUAAUAUUUUCUUAACUCUUCUAGUAUAUAAUAAUCUUAGUAAUGCUGUAUGUAUUACCUUGCCUCAGAUUUGAAUGAAUGCUUAUUUCCUUUACAACAAAGCUAACACAUGUUUAAGGGUGAUGUGGCCUUCCCCUCAAUACCUUUUUAGAUCCUGGUUCUUCCUUGAUGAGUUGAGACUUUGUAAAAGGUGUCAGUAAUGCAUACUGUUAAAAACUGGUGCUAGUCUGGACCCCCAUUUAAUUGCAGAUUCUUGUUAGAUGCUGUUGAAAGUUCAGCAGCAUCUGAUACCUUGUCAGAGGGCAAAAUACUGUAAAUUUUUGUAGCACUGAGCAUUUGGAAAUCAGCUAGCAAUAGACAAAACUUGUCUUGCUUACCAGUUUCCAAAUCCUCACUCCAAAAGCAAGCCAUUUUUGCCCUGGAUCUGAUAAACUGAUCAAAAGACAUACACAUUUGCAGAAUUAUGAAGUUUUUGUUCAAAUAAAAGACUAAAUUUUAAUCCAAGCAAACAUUUACCACAAUUAUGUUGUUUGUUCUGCUGAACAAGUAUAUAAGGGGACAUGCAGGUCAGACCCAAACUUGCCAGUCUGCCAAAUUCAGCAGUUACAACAUAGACUACAUCUGCACUGCAAAAUUAAACUGGAUUACUAGUCAUAGGCUGGCCCAAACAUUAUUGGUAAUUCUAGCUUAGGUGUGUGGUAUAGACGUCGUCUUGUGUCAAGUGGUAUUCCAAGGAACAGUAGUUGACACAUUAGGAGCAGUGCAAGAACACAUGUGUUUAUUCAAAACAAAGUAAGAAUGCUGUCAAUUCACUUUUGAAUAAACUCAUAAACUGUAUAUUGAAGAGGUUUUUUAACUGUAAAAAGAAAAAUGUUAAAUACUAAUGGAAUUUUUACACUGAUUUAUUGUUUCAUCAAUGUAACAAGAAAAUGUUGUCUAAUGUUGUUGACCUUUGUAAAACAUUACAGGGCUUUCAACUUUACAGCUGAUAUUUCGCUGGAAACUAAGGAUCUAGUGUUGCCAUAAUGAAAACAAGUGCCCAUUAAGUUAUGCUUGUUGUGUGAGGAAAUGAUUUUUCUUUUUAAUUAUUGGAUGAGAGAUAGGAGUAAAGUGAUAAUGUCUGGUGAAAAUGGAUGAAUUGUGAACAAUGAUUUUAAAUAUCUCUUUUCUGGAGAAUGUAUGAAAGUUGUUUGUUCUGUAGUAUAGAAUGAUUCCAAAAUGGUGGUAGUUUUUGAUGAAUGUAUAACACUUAAAUGGAUGUUUGUGAGCAACACAGCCGUAACCCUGAUGGUUUGCUUUUUUGCUUUGACAUUGGAAUGUUCCAUAAUGUGCAUCGUGUAUUGUAAUAUCCCUGUGCUAGAAAUUUUAAUUGUUUCAUAUAUUGUACUGUUUUGGUCCUUUGAGCAAAAUACUUUGUUUUGUACAUUCCAGCUUUUUAAGCCAGUUUCAUAUGUUUCUGUUUAAAGAAUGCUAUAAAGUCCAGCACUCUCUGAAAAUUACACUGAAGUAUCUUAGUCUUUUUUUUCCCUUUCCAACCACAGUAAUGUAUUCACUCCUAUUUAGAAGAAAUAUAAAUUCUGUCUAGUUAAGGCUGAGAAUGAAAGUUGUUCCUUGAAGAGCGUUUGUGCGUAGGUUUAGCUUCAUGGUAUUUUUUAUGCUUUAUUCUACAAAGAAAGCUUAAAAAAAUUACUUUGUGUUGGAAUAGGAAAAUCCAGAAUCCAAAUCUGUACUUUCUCUGUCAUGCACAACUGCCCGCAAAUAAAAAUAAAUGAAUAAAGGUUGUUUUCCUCUUUUUUCCCCCAGAAAUCAAAGA